AUGUUCAACCAUGAGAAAGAACUGGACAGUCAGACUGUUGGAGCCUUCAUUGUGACAGUCACAAUUCAGGGUCCAGGCAUAAGAAAUAUAUUUGGUGUCCAUCUCAGUGAAGAAAUAUAUUUUGGGUCCCGUAGUAUUCAUGGAGUUUGCAAGACUAAUAAUCUCAAAGUAGGAGAAAUAUACACCAUCAAUGGAUAUAGGGAAGUGGGGGAUUACCAAAUGGAUGUCGAGCUAUCGAAUGGCUUAGCCAUCCAAAUCGACACGAUUCCCAGCUUGAGCUCUGACAGCAAUUGGGGAAAAGAUUUUCCCUACACCCCAGAAGAAUCCAAGAAACUAAAAGAGCAAGUUUUCAGCUGCAAACGACCCCAUAAAUCCAGACAAGAUUCCCUUGAUCGUCUCACUCUCCUGCACACCCAGUCCGAAAAGAUCGCCUCAAGUCGUCACCAGGCACCAACCACUCGACACCGAUUCAUUUUUUCCACCUGGCCUCGCGACCCAAAGGGAAAGCCACUUUUGUCUGAAAACAGCAUGCUAGGGAAGAUGGUAGCCAAUGAGGUACAGCACUGGGGUGCGACGCUGUUUGAUUUCUACCAUGUCCGACGUAUGCACAAUUUUGCGAGCAGAGAGGAUUACACAAAGGAGGAGUUGCAGCUUGUGGAGGAGGAGGAAGAUCUGAAAGAGAGCUUCCCUUGUGAUAUCGCGAAGCUUGUUGAGGAUGAGCCGUUCGACACGACCUUCAAUUCUUUGCCGAUUCUUCAACAACGUCUUCCACUACACCUUCUGCCAAUGACUCUCUAUGUUCAUGACCAGUUCCGUUUGCUUCAAGUUCGAGAUGGCCACUUCAAGGAACACCAUCCUCAACCAUGGUCUUCAAAACCCGACAUAGUCCACGCCUAUAGCCAUAACGCCUCUCCUGCUGGCAGAGAGAAGAUGGAAAAGGAACAAGAGAAACUGAUCUCAGACCAUGAGGUCGAGGAAGCUCUUCGGAAGGGUGCUAAGCCUGAAGAACAUUCUUCAGCAUUAGCACUCUAUGGACAGCCUCAUCCCUGGAUCAACUGA